AUGGUGCGAGAUAUCAAUCCAAACGGAGUAGAGCUCCAAGAACCGUUCGACAAGCUGCGUUCCGACGCCCACGAUGUGCUCCAGCACGCAAGGUCUAUGCCCGAGUUCCAAUCGGCCGAAACCAGGGCCAAGGAACGUAGGGUUGGGAACAUUAUGGCAGAUCAGAUGUCGAUGCCAAUGACGGUCCACGAAAUCCACGUAUCCGGCGCAAGCAAUAUUCGGCGCGGAUUCCUUGAUCCCAUCUUUAGUCCCUUGCUUAGCGACAGCUCGGACCCGCCGUCGAAUGUUGGCGAGGUGCUCUCCAAGCUGCAGACCAUGAGCGCGAAGCUCUCUGGGUUGCAAAUAUUACGAGAGCCGCCGGAGAUAUAUCUUUCGAAAUCUAGCCAGGUGGAUCCUUCUACAAGCCCGUCCGACGUCAGCAUUUCCGUUGGCCUCCGUGAACUUGGGCGAUUCAAGCUCCAGACCGGAACCGACGUCGGCAACGGCGAAGGCUCUGCGUACGGCUCCCUCUUGUGGCGGAAUAUGCUUGGCGGUGCCGAGAUGCUCACGCUGAACGCCAAGGCGGGAACGCGGACGAGAUCAGCGUACAGCGCCAACGUAAGCGCCCCGGUAUUGAGCGACCCCGACAGGCGCGUCUCGCUGGAGGGCCUGGCGUCCGCGGCCGAGAAACCGUGGGCAUCGCACGAAGAGGUUGUGAAAGGCGGCUCCGUACGGUUCUCGUGGCUCACCGCCCAACGCGACACCCAUUCGUUGGAGUACUCCGGUGCGUGGCGCCAAAUUACAGGAUUGUCCGAUGGCGCGAGCCCAACUGUGCGAGCCGAUGCCGGCGAUACGAUCAAGAGCGCCAUCAAGCACACCUUUUACAGAGAGCGACGGGAUAACCCGCAGCUCCCGCAAGACGGAUACAUGCUGCGGUCAGUGCUGGAGGUGGCUGGAGUUGGACCGCUGGCAGGGGAUGUUGCCUUCUCCAAGGGUGAGCUCGAAAUGAGCGGUGCCGUCCCCAUCCCCCUACCAGGAAUCACCGAGCGGACGGGGAUUUCCAUCGGCGGCGGCUUGAGAAUGGGGUUGCUGUACCCGUUGCCGGUCGGCUUCGACCUCAGCGGCAAGGCUUUCCCGAGCCGGUUGAAUGAUCGCUUCCUGCUUGGUGGGCCAACUGACGUCCGUGGCUUCAAGCUUGGUGGACUAGGACCUCGCGACGGUCAGGACUCGGUCGGCGGAGAUGUAUUUGCCGCCGGAAGCGCAAACUUGCUCCUCCCGUUACCAUACCAAGGCCCUGACUCCGGUUUGCGCUUCCAGCUGUUUGCCAAUGGCGGUCGACUUGUCGCAUUGACGAAAAAUGGCAAAGGAAAUGAGAUGGAAACGAAGAUGGACUCUCUUGGUCUCACUGCAAAGGCUGCCCGCGAACGCAUGAUCGAUGCGAUCGGCAACCUGCUGACAGGUGCCCCGAGCAUGGCAGCUGGCGUGGGCCUUGUUUAUGCGCACCCAGUGGCGAGGUUCGAACUGAAUUUUAGUUUGCCGCUGAUUCUCCGACGAGGAGAGAUUGGAACAAAGGGACUGCAAUUGGGCGUAGGAAUCAAUUUCUUGUAA